GUGCUUUUCAAAACUGUACAAGCAACUUGCUGGUGUUGGAGAGAUUUUUCUUGUCAACUCCUUUCAGUGGUUUGCGGCUGAAAAUCUGGAUGCUUUCUUGCAAAUACAAGCAGUGCUUCCUCUGUUCUGCUGUCUGAUUCUUGAUCUCAUCCAUGAGAGAGAUCAGUCCCUGACGCUUUUUCUCUCUCAAUUAGGGUAAAAGGAUUGGUUCCUUUACAUAGAUUGACAGUAUAUAUUUUAGGCCCAAUCACUGAUUUGCUGUAUUUACAGUAAAUAUACCUGUUACCAUCAAAAGUCAGAUAUGUGAUAGGAGUCAUAGGACAGGAACACGAUUUUGUCACUGUUAGGAUCUUACAAGAACGUGCUUCUACUUUUUUUUAACCAUACCAAACUCCACCAGGGAGGCAAGGAGCUUUACAUAGUACUCGGUACUAACCCUUAAACUCCUCCAAAGUCUCUGUGCGUCCCCUCCUGGCCACCUCUCCUCACUACCAAUAUUUUGUCGCCCCCUAUUUGGAAAUAUUUGGAAAGAUAAAAGUAAAGUAUCCUUGGAUUCUUGCACAGGUGCGGUUCUGAAGGGAGAUUUCGUCAAAAAGGAUGAAUGCAUUGGCAGCAACCAGCAGAAACUUCAAGCAGGCAGCUAAGCUGCUGGGUCUGGACUCGAAGCUGGAGAAGAGCUUGCUCAUCCCAUUCAGAGAGAUCAAGGUUGAAUGCACAAUCCCAAAAGAUGAUGGGACUUUAGCGUCCUAUGUUGGGUUUAGGGUUCAACAUGACAAUGCUAGGGGCCCUAUGAAGGGUGGAAUCAGAUACCACCAUGAGGUUGAUCCUGAUGAGGUCAAUGCCUUGGCACAACUAAUGACAUGGAAAACAGCUGUGGCUAACAUACCAUAUGGAGGAGCUAAAGGUGGAAUAGGAUGCAGUCCUGGAGAGCUGAGCAUCUCUGAGCUUGAGCGACUUACCCGGGUUUUUACUCAGAAAAUCCAUGACUUAAUUGGCAUCCAUACUGAUGUUCCAGCUCCAGAUAUGGGCACCAACUCACAGACAAUGGCAUGGAUACUUGAUGAGUACUCAAAGUUCCAUGGCUACUCACCUGCUGUGGUGACAGGAAAGCCUGUUGACCUUGGAGGAUCAUUGGGGAGAGAUGCAGCUACUGGAAGGGGAGUUCUGUUUGCUACGGAAGCCUUACUUGCAGAGCAUGGCAAAGGCAUUGCAGGCCAGCGUUUUGUUAUACAGGGAUUCGGUAAUGUUGGUUCCUGGGCAGCUCAACUGAUUAGUGAAGCUGGCGGUAAGGUGAUUGCUAUCAGUGAUGUCACAGGCGCUGUCAAGAACAUCAACGGUCUUGACAUCCCCAAGCUAGUGAAGCACUCAACAGAGAACCGCGGGAUCAAGGGCUUCAAUGGAGGAGAUGCCAUUGAUCCGCACUCAUUGCUCACCGAAGAAUGUGACGUCCUCAUCCCGGCAGCGCUUGGGGGAGUCAUAAACAAGGACAAUGCUAAUGACAUUAAAGCAAAGUACAUCAUUGAGGCUGCCAAUCACCCCACAGACCCUGAGGCAGACGAGAUCCUGUCGAAGAAAGGGGUCCUCAUCCUGCCGGACAUACUCGCAAACUCUGGCGGCGUCACCGUGAGCUACUUCGAGUGGGUUCAGAACAUCCAGGGGUUCAUGUGGGACGAGGAGAAGGUGAACGCGGAGCUGAAGACGUACAUGACGCGUGGGUUCAAGGACGUGAAAGGGAUGUGCCGGAGCCACAACUGCGACCUCCGCAUGGGCGCCUUCACCCUAGGCGUCAGCCGCGUCGCGCGCGCUACCGUCCUCAGGGGAUGGGAGGCCUGACCCCGUCUUCCCAUGUCCCUCUGAGUUCUGACCUCGUCUCCUUGAGCUUAUUUUUUUCUCUUUGGGUUAUCGAUGAAUGGAGGUCUGAGAAAAACAGGUUCAGUUAAUAAGUCCAUGAAGUAUGUCUUCUCGUCUCGGAGAUCAAUUGAGGAAAAGAAACAGUAGUAAUAAUUCUGUAAUUCAUAGCUGAAAUGCUUGCUGGUUUGCAAGCAACAAUGUGAUUUGGCUUCUUG